UUCCGCAGGAAGAAGGAAGCGGCACCACUGUCGCCUCCCGGCGCUCCCUCCCCACCGCCCAGGUCCGCCGGUCGCCACCAUGUCUGCCUCGGCUGUCUUCAUCCUCGACGUCAAGGGCAAGCCCCUGAUCAGCCGCAACUACAAGGGCGAUGUGGCCAUGAGCGAGAUCGAACACUUCAUGCCUCUGCUCAUGCAGCGGGAGGAGGAGGGCGCCCUCACCCCGCUGCUGAGCCAUGGCCGAGUCCACUUCCUGUGGAUCAAAUACAGCAACCUCUACUUGGUGGCCACCACACUGAAGAAUGCCAACGCCUCCCUCGUGUACUCCUUCCUCUACAAGACAGUGGAGGUAUUCUCUGAAUACUUCAAGGAGCUGGAGGAGGAGAGCAUCCGAGACAACUUCGUCAUCAUCUACGAGCUGCUGGAUGAGCUCAUGGACUUCGGCUUCCCGCAGACCACCGACAGCAAGAUCCUGCAGGAGUACAUCACGCAGCAGGGCAACAAACUGGAGACGGGCAAGUCGCGGGUGCCACCCACCGUCACCAAUGCUGUGUCCUGGCGCUCUGAGGGCAUCAAGUACAAGAAGAACGAGGUCUUCAUUGAUGUCAUAGAGUCGGUCAAUCUGCUGGUCAAUGCCAAUGGCAGUGUCCUGCUGAGCGAGAUCGUGGGCACCAUCAAGCUCAAGGUGUUUCUGUCGGGAAUGCCCGAGCUGCGGCUGGGCCUCAACGACCGCGUGCUCUUCGAGCUCACUGGCCGGAGCAAGAACAAGUCCGUGGAACUGGAGGAUGUGAAAUUCCACCAGUGUGUGCGGCUCUCCCGCUUCGACAACGACCGAACAAUCUCCUUCAUCCCACCUGACGGUGACUUCGAGCUCAUGUCCUACCGCCUCAGCACCCAGGUCAAGCCACUGAUCUGGAUUGAAUCUGUCAUUGAGAAAUUCUCCCACAGCCGCGUGGAGAUCAUGGUCAAGGCCAAGGGGCAAUUUAAGAAGCAGUCGGUGGCCAACAGUGUGGAGAUAUCUGUGCCUGUACCCAGUGACGCUGACUCCCCACGCUUCAAGACCAGCGUGGGCAGUGCCAAGUAUGUGCCGGAAAAGAAUGUUGUUAUUUGGAGUAUCAAGUCUUUCCCGGGGGGCAAGGAGUACCUGAUGCGAGCCCAUUUUGGCCUCCCCAGCGUGGAGAAGGAGGAGGUAGAGGGCCGGCCCCCCAUUGGGGUCAAGUUUGAGAUUCCCUAUUUCACUGUCUCCGGGAUCCAGGUCCGAUACAUGAAGAUCAUCGAGAAGAGUGGUUACCAGGCCCUGCCGUGGGUCCGCUAUAUCACUCAGAGUGGUGAUUAUCAACUUCGUACCAGCUAGAAGGAAGAAGAGGUGAACCCGGGCUGUCCUCUCCCCAGGUCUCCACUGCAGACUCUAGAGAGGGAUGGAAGAUGGGGGGUGUGUGUGAGGGCAGACCCUGAGUUAGCAGUGUCUUGCUGCCUGAGUUUUUCCUUUACCCAUAGGCUGGGAAGAAUGUUUUCCAGGCUCCUGCCCUUCCCCUCCUCCUCCGAUUUUAUAUGAAGAAAUAGAAGAGGGGCUUGAAGUCCCCCUCAUGAGUGCCUUCGUGCAGUGACCUGCCUUAGGAGGUGUGGAGGGGGUCCCUCCUCCUCCACAGCUGCUGAGCCAAGAGGCCCCGCUGGCCCAUUCUGUUUUAGGAUGGCAUUAAAAAGAUUAAUCUUGC